ACCUGCUCUAGUGCAACACGAUAAUCACGGAAAAGCGAGCUUUGACGUAACUUGAAAUUGAUCGAGGGCAAGGGUUUUUAGAAGAUGUUAUAAAUAGCAGAGAACCACUGAGUAAACAGUACACUCUCACCACAUCGAUCCGCCAUGGCAAAAGCAAGUAAAAUUCCAGUGACCUAUGAUUGGGAUGUCUAUUUGAAAGAAUCAGGUGCAACGUGUGCUCCAGCAGAAUGUUUCAAACAGGCUCCAAUACCACCACCAAACGAGUUUGGCCUAUGGAUGAAACUUGAAGCCCUCGAUCCUCGCAAUGUGACCUCGACCUGCAUUGCAACCAUAGUCGGUCUCAUCGGGCCACGGUUGAGACUCCGACUGGAUGGAAGCGACAACAAGAAUGACUUUUGGAGGUUGGUGGACUCAUCUGACAUCAGACCGAUCGGGCAUUGUGAGAAAAAUGGUGGCAUGCUCCAACCUCCUCUUGGUUUCAGAAUGAAUGCCUCUUCUUGGCCAAUGUUUCUAUUAAGAACACUCAACAAUGCCAGCAUUGCACCAACGCAAGCAUUUAAACCAGAACCACCCGAUCCCAAGGGCAACGAGUUCAAAGUGGGCAUGAAGCUGGAGGCCGUAGACCGUAAGAAUCCCCACCUCAUCUGCCCCGCCACGGUGGGGCAGGUCAAGGACAAUACCAUCUUUGUCCAGUUUGAUGGUUGGAGGGGCGCCUUCGAUUACUGGUGUGAAAUCAACUCAAGGGACAUCUUUCCUGUAGGAUGGUGUAAAGCUACGGGACACUACCUGCAGCCGCCAGGUAAAACAGGAGCCAGUACCAAAGUCAGAAGAGUGAGCAGCUCAUCAACAUCAUCAUCUCAAAUGUCCCCUGGAGGGGGUGCCCUGUCAACGAAAGUGGAGCCUGACACAAGUUGCUUGCCAUCGGCUGAACCAGCGGAAGAGCCUUCAGUGCUGGUACACCUGAAUAGUUCCUGCGUGAGCGGUCCCUACCUGAGCCCCCAUAAGCUCUGGCAGAUGCCGUGUCAGGUCGGACCUACCAGUAUCAGUUCUGCUCUCAGGGAGAUCCUGCAGCUAUGUGUGGACUGUGCUGUACAGCAAAGGCUUGUUCUUACCUUCCUGGAGGAGGCCGAUGACGGCAAUGUCACGGUUAAUGGUACAUAUGGUGGAGAGAGCCAUUCAGCAACUAUCCAGGCCCCAGAUGACACCCCAGAGUUCUGGGCCAUGUUACACAGGUUAUGUGAGAACCUUCUGUGCUGUGAGAACUUCUUCAGUGAUAAAUCAUUACAAGGUCCCUGCCCUAAGUGUGCAAAGCAAGCUUCUGAUGACAGAGGAUCUGUGAAUAGUGGAGCUAGUAAUAUGAGACCAGGGGGAGGGGGUCUGAAGAGGAGUAUAUCAGAUGCAUCAACAAAUUCAGAAAGAGAAACAAAACCAUCUAGUCAUAAGAUACAGAGGAGAAUAACGACAGAGGCUGCAAGUUCGACGACUGAAAGCAGAUUAGAACAGACAAGAAUACCACCGACAAGGAUAGCACCUUCUGCUGGCAGUGACCCUAAUGACUGGACGAUAGAGGAGGUCAUAGCAUGUGUAGUCAGUAUGGACCCAAGUAUGGGCGUACAUGCAGGGUUGUUUAGACAACACGAAAUCGAUGGCAAUGCAUUCCUUCUACUGAAUAGUGACAUGAUGAUGAAAUACAUGGGAAUGAAGCUGGGUCCUGCUCUCAAGCUGUGUAAUAUCAUAGACAAACUCAAGAAAUAGAAAUGGUGGUAAGAUACACCCUUGUGGGAGUGCUAUUUAUGAAAGAGGCACACAAAGUGAUGGGUCGAUGAAAUGAUUAAAGAGAGAGAUGGACGGAGAUGAAGGCACUUUUUAUGAUGGUAUUUGUGAUUGAUUCGCAAGGUCUGUAACUCUGUAUAUUGCCAUACAUGUAUGUCUCUUCGUAAACUUUCAAAGGCACAAACCUUCCAAAGAGCUUUUUCACAACCUCCUUCAUGAUAUUGACUUUGUCUGUAUGCAUUGUCACUGUCAAGCUGAGGAGAAAGAGUUUUGCUACCAAAUAUCUGGACUGAGUAGGGAUAUCGUCGCACGCACCACGAACCAUCCUCUUUGCGCACUUUGAUGCGCGAUAGUGCACUGUAUCUAUUCCAUGAACCGCCCUCUCUGUUACGAUGCCCACUGUGGCGUAAAUAAUUAAUUUCAAGAAAAUAUAAAGAUACAGGAUGAAACCUUAGAACCUGAACUUUUGAACGAAGACACCGGUAAAUAAUUGGCUCUCCAUGUAGGAGCACUUAUUUGCUGGUUUUAAAAAAGCUUUCUUUAAAUGCGUUUUCUGCAAAACUAACUUCCGCAUCGAAGUGCGCAGAGAGGACGGUUCGUGGUGCGUGCGACGAUAUGAUAAUGAAAGACAUGUGACAGAAUAUACAGGUCCUUCCUCAAGGAGGUGGUACAUAAUGUACAAUCUGAAGAAAUAAACUAGGCGGUAAGAUGUAUCCUUGUGUAUUAAAGGGAGAAUGAGGUCGGAGGUAUACAGCUACAACUGUCUAAAAUGGCCAUCCAAGGGAUUUUGAGAACAAGGGUCACUCUAGAAAAGUGUCCUCUCUCUCAAUCGGUGCUACAUUAUGUUUUUAUCUCCGAAAGGAAACAUUUUUUCCUUGUGAGGGUAAAUUUGGAGAAAAGGAAUACCUCAAGAAGUAGUAAAAAAAGAAGUUGAAUGAUAAUGAUAUGCAACAAAUGAGAGGAUUAGACAGUGAGGCUUCAAACCAACAUUUUUAUGGCUUCUGAGCAACAUUUCGAAUUCAGAUGCCGAAUUAAAGUAAAGAACCAAAUUUCUCGAACCGCUGAUAAUAUUGAUGUUGUAUACAUGUACCUGUUUUUUUUUAAUUAUGGAAAUGCUUUAUACAGAGUGGAUGAGGACACUUUCAAGAAAAAUCUCGAUACAUAUCACUAUCUGAAUCAUUAUCAUCUUGAUAUUUAUACAACAAAUUUACUUUCUGCCAAUCAGAUUGAGAAAUUGCACUAGCUUAUGACAAAUUUUGAUUAUUAUUGAUGCAAAAUUUCACAAUUACUGGACCCUGGUAAAGAUAACUGAAAUAGAAAGCCAUUUAUAGAUGUAGACAAUAUUUCAAGGAUGAUUCAGAGAUGUAGAUUAAAGCUUCAUGCACAUGUUUUUGUUUUUUUUUCCUGAUGUGCCAAUGGCAGUUUGUGUACAGCCAAAAAGUGUAUGUGUAUAUGUCUAAGAGUACAUGAACAGCCUAAUUAUCAUUCCCUUGUAGAUUUUAUGUAAUGUUUAAGUUUUUUGUUCUAUUGCUUCAUGACAGAUUGAGUGACAAUAUACAGAAGUCUGAACCAGCUUUGGCUGCAUAUUUCAUAGGAAUUCCUAGGAGCCAAUUCGCAAAGUUUUUAUGUUAAGACGACAUUGGCGUUUUCUAUUGCUAAAUUAAAUAUGAAUUGUUCAAAUUUUUCCUGCUUAUAAUGAGAGCAAACUUUCUUUAAUUCUAAUCAAUUUUGACAAUAAAAUUUGUAUCAAAAGAAUUUAAAUCUUACACAAAGAAAGGGUCAUCAGCUUGUGUACAGUUGUGCGUACUUAUUAUUAUGAAAUGCCACCCUGCUCAGCAUGUUAUACCCUUUCAAUUUUCCACAUGUUCAAAGCCUAAAUGAAAUGUUAUCUGAGGGAAAGCUAGGCCCUGUCUUAAAAAGAGUUAUGAUUGAUCCAAUCAGUCAUAACUAUGGAAAUCCAUCAGUGUCAUCAUUUUUUCUACAGGAAAUUUGCACAAUGUCCUUCGUAACCAAAGAGAAACACAGUGAAUUGUCAAGAAAAAGAAUGCAUGAAUAUACAUCAUAGCUAGAAAAUAUUUUGAACGAACAUAUAUAAUAGAUG